UUUUACAAACGUUCUGUGUGUUAUCACCGGUUUUAUAAAUAACUUUACAUCUUGUUUACAUUGCAUAGAUAUGUAAUUUUUACAACUAUCUAAUUCAAAACAUUAACAUGUCUGUUCUCGGAUACUGGAAGACAAGAGUGCUUGCACAACCAAUCAGACUUUUGCUGAAUUAUGUUGGAGAACAAUUUGAAGACGUGCAUUACGUAUUGGGAGAUGGUCCCGAGUUCAGCAAAGAAGCCUGGUUAUCAGUGAAACACACAUUGGGUCUCCCUUUCCCUGAUCUACCUUAUUAUAUAGAUGGUGAGGUAAAACUGACACAGAGCAAUGCCAUCCUGAGAUAUAUAGCUAGAAAGUACGAUUUGCUUGGUAGAACAACACAAGAGGUAGCAGACUGUGAGGUUAUGUUUGAAAAUGCAGUUGACUUAAGAAAUGCUACCACAGAAGUUACAUAUAAUCCUAACUAUGAAAAACUGAAAGAUAAAUAUUUUGAAAACCUACAGCCAAAAUUGGAGAGGUUUGAGAACUUUAUCGGUGAUAAAUCUUGGUUUGCAGGGAACAGUAUAUCAGUGUGUGAUUUUCCAAUAUAUGAACUACUUGAUGUACAUAAAGUCAUGUUCCCAGGAAUUUUGGACAAGUUUCCUAAUUUAACAGCAUUUACUGUCAGAUUUGAAGCUUUGCCAACCAUUAAGCAAUACCUGAGUUCUGAUAAAUUUCUAGCACGUCCAAUCAACAACAAAUGGGCAGGGUUUAUUGGAAACUGAAUUGUUGUACCUGUAACUUGUGUUCAAAACUGAAAGUGCUAUUACUCUGCUCCUACAUUACAGAAAUAUUGUUACUUCGAUGUUUGUUAACAAAUGAAUUCCAAUAAUAAAAUAGUAAUCGUAACAUAUGGGUGUUAUGGACAAUGUUGAAUUUGUAUUUAUUUAUUUAAUUGUAUGCGAUUGUAUUUUGUAA